AUGACAGUACCAACAACAUUCUGCGAACUAGGUACCACUUCUACAACACCUGUUCCGUCGGUACCUUACCUACAGUUAGAAAAGGAUCGAACAAUACCCCCGCUCUCUGAUUCUGCAUACCAAUCCAGCAACGUCAAAGGCCUAGUCGUACCCCAAAAGCCCCAACCCCAAUCGGUUGUCACGCAACGCGAGGUCGGAUUCCGCUCUCGUUUAAACCCUCCUAUUCCACAAGAUGACUACGACGAUGACGAUCAUACCGCUUCCACUCUGGAUACUGAAGCAACCGGACAAUCAAACCCACUCAGCACACGUCGUCGGGGAAUGAAAGUUCUAGAUAACAUCGCGUUCGUCCCGUUCGGUUCGCAUUCCUCCGUGUCCCAAGAACCACUGGAAACGGUGCCAGGAACAACCUCAUCCGACUCUUCCUCAUCAUCGUACUAUACACCUAAACAAAUUUUACACACACCGUUGAAAUCUGCAUUGCGUCGACGAUCAGAAGCACCGGAAAGAACUUCCAUCACACGCCUGAAACCUGGGGCAAACACCCAACGCCGCGUACGGGGAUUGUGGAACGAUCGCGCCAAGAUUAUCACGGAUCCGUUUGCAGCCUUGCGAGACGAAACAAUACAACAUGUCUUUUCCUUUUUGUCAUUGUGGGAGAUGGGAAAUAUUGCGCGGACGUCACGGCGCUUUCGACACGUUGGCAGCACAUUACCGAGCUCUUGGACGACUGUAGACGCAACAGAAUUUGUGCAGCGCGUAUCCUCCCGACAAAUGUCCAGCGAUGCGCGAUUCACAACGGAAGCCUUGUCUAGGAUUCUCACCAAUCACGCUUCUUCCAUAGAGUCUUUGACAAUUCGUAAUAUCGGAGACAAGCUGGCACCCGAGUUCUUGUACAUACCACCCAACUUGAAGCGUUUGGAACUUUCCGAUUUUACAACACUCACCGAUACACAUUGGCACGUACUGUUGCUAACUUCUUCAGCGACCUCUGCUCCUAGCAGUGCCGGCAUACAUAUCAACACAGUUCGUGGAAGCGUUAAAGCUCCAAACUUGCACGCCAAUCCCGUGCGAAUUACAGGAUACCACCGGCUAGAAAGGGUCAAGUUAAGCUCUUGCCAACACAUUUCGGAAAAUGCAUUACGCUCUGUAGUCUCGACUUGCCCCAAUCUUCAAGAGCUGGUUUUAGAAAAUUGCCCUGGAAUUCAAAAUCUGGAUUAUUUGAGCCCGGCGUGGAAGCGACAAUCCGCUGUAUCAGUCCCACGUGCAUCGCGUUUGCAACCAUCCCAGUCAAAGCAACAGCCAUCGCCGGCAAUGUUGAAUAUGUUCGCACCUCCGCCACCACGGACAUCGCUGCACAAUGUAUCGGAUCCGUCUACACCACCACAAUCGCGCCCGUCUGCUGCUUUGGCUGCGUUAUUUGCUCCACCCGGCACUUCGCCGCCGCAUCGCAAAAACAGUUUGGUGGUGUCUGGAAACUUGACUCGGGUGCAGCUCGUUAACAUGACCAUUUCAUCUAAAACUGCACUGUUACAAUCAUUGCAGGCAGUGCCCGGUAAAGUCCAGUUGGAAUCGCUAAUUAUACGCUACAAGCUUGGCGAAGUUGCUUCGCCGCAACCCGAAUCUACCGAAUGGACACGAGAAGAUUUAUUAUGCCUGACAGGGCUACUCGACCCGAUACAUUUGCAGGAGUUGGACAUACCAAUGGAGACAUCCAUGGCGCCUGCAGGCAUGUUAUUACCUGCCUCUGAUAUACUCGCUAUGGCGAACAGCAGGAAGGAUCUCGGCAAGUUCACCUCUUAACAUAUGUGUUGCAAGUAU